GUGAAAAGCAAACACAAAAGGAGGCCCAGUUAGAAUAAACAAGAAAUUCUGGAGACUAUAAAUAAAUCUAUAUCUCCCCAUCAUCACAGUCACGGUAUUGUUUUCAUCCAAACCAAACCUAGCGAAGCUGUCGUUCAUCAUCACAAACAGAAACAGCGGCAAUGAAGAGGUGUAAAAAGCUUAAGAGUGAGUUGCCUUCAAUGAAGAGGUGUACGAAGCUUAAGAUGGCAAUGAAGAGGCGUAAAAAGCUUAAGAGUGAGUUGCCUGCAAUGAAGAGGUGUACGAAGCUCGAGAGUGAGUUGCCUGAUAGUGUUAUAUCUUAUAUCUUUUCCAAGUUAGCUUUGAAGGAUUUGGUGAAAACUAGUGCAUUGUCCAAACGAUGGGUUCACGAAUGGGGAUUAAGGACGGACCUCAACUUUGAUCUUCAUACCAUGUUUGACUCUAACACAAUCCAAGUACCAAACACAUUUCCACUAUAUCAAAGAUUACACUUUCAAUCUGAAUUUGCCACAAGAUUGGAUCAAUUUAUGCUCCAUUAUAAAGGUGCCAUCAUCCAUUCAAUCCGAGUAAAAUUUCCAUUAGUAAAUCCUCUACACGGAGAUGCCAUUAGUAAUGCCAUUAAUAGAUUGAUCUCCAAAGGAAUUGCUAAGGGUGUCAAACGAAUUGAACUUCUCUUGUCAUCUUAUUCUGUUACGUCAUACAUAUUACCCCUUACUCUCUUAUCUGGCAAUCAUUCUCUCACAUAUCUGCACCUGCAAGACUGCCUCGUUGCAGAACCUCUUGACUACUGCACUGGAUUCAAUAAUUUGACAACUCUUGUGUUGGAUCUAAUUUCUGUGACGCCGAAACUGGUUCAGAGUAUGUGCUCCAUUUGGACCCAUCUUGUAGACUUGACCCUUGAUGCUUGUCGAUACCCUUCUGACCUGAUAAUAAACCAUUCAACAUUGCUUCGUUUGAACAUUGUUAACUGUAAGGUUUACAUUCGAAGUUGUCUAACCAUCAUUGCAUCAAAUCUCUCAUCCUUCGAAUAUUCUUGUAAUGAUGAUUAUCAAGUACACCCAAUCAACAUUCAAGCUCAUAUGUUAUCCAAGUUUAGCUUUAGAGGUAUUGAAUUUUUUAAACCUGUUGGGUUUUCUGGAUUGAAAAACGUAACAACAAUUGUGUUGGAUGGAGAAAUUGAAAAUCUAUCCAUGGACAUCUUGCCUUAUUUGUUUUCCGAAUGUCUCCAACUUGAAGACGUCACCUUUAAGAACUUCCGGCACAUGAGUUCAAUAGAAAUUAUUACCGGUCCAAAGUUGCGUCAUUUGAAAAUAAUUGACUGUGGUUGGGCGGAUUACUCUCCUUCUGAGAUAGCUAUUGAUGCAUUCAAUCUCUCAUCCUUCGAAUAUAGUGCUCACAUCCCGAGGAUAAUUUCUAUUACGGCUCCCAAGUUAUUGAAGGUAUUCUGGAAUGCAUCUCCGGGAAGGAAAACACCACACCUCCUUGAUCCGAUUGCAAGAUUAUCACAUAUUGAGAAUUUAUCUAUGAUCAUACUCACUUCACAGAUAGAGGAAUUAACGAAGGUCUUGGUUCGAUUUCAAAAUCUUAGACAAUUGGAGUUACUUAUUGAGGGAGGAUAUGAUCCUAGUAGGGACUAUUUUUGGAUUUUAGAUAUUGCAAUGGCUUCUCAGCAUCUCCAAAAACUUUCUCUGACAAUUAGAAAUCUACAUCGGGAACAUUCACAUAUAGUUGAAUUUAAGAGACAAAAAAGAGAAUAUACGGGGUUUUCUCAUAACGAUUUGAAACAUGUGGAAUUUCAUGGUUGUGUUGGCUCCAUAAAUGUUAUUGAGUUAGCUAAUGACUUAUUGAGGAGUGCAACUUCACUUAAUAAAAUGAUUUUCAGUUCUCGUGACAAAGCCUAUAUUGGAGCUGGUAGAUGGACCAGAGACGCUAAUGAUCGUCGUAGAAGGACUAUUUUCUGUGGUGUUGGGGGUUGUCGUUGGUUUGGAGAGAAUGUUAUUCAUGAGAUGCUUAAAGAUGAAGUAAAUGAACAAUGCCAGCUUAUAAUUUUGUAGUGUUAUUUUAUCUAUUUAUUUUUGUUAAUAAAUUUAUUUAUGAAAACUUUGUAAAAUUUACUUUAUUUAUUUAUAAAAUUUACUUUAUUUAUGAACUACAA